GUUCCCCUGCCCCGCCCUACUCACUGCGGCUGAGCCGGCCGGCCCGGGCCGCUGGGGGAGGAGGCGGAGAAGGCGGGGCCCUCCUCCCCCGCUGCCCCCCCUCAACUGCUGAGGGGCUGGACCCCGCCGGGCUGCUAUAAAAGGGCUGGCAGUCCCGGUGCUGCCGCAGUGCCUCCCUCCCCGUCCUGGCCUCGGGGUUCGCUCCGCACCUGCUCCGGCCAAGAUGAGCUUCAGCGGCGCGGACGCGCUGCUGGGCGCCUUCGCGCCGCUGCACGGAGGCGGCAGCCUGCACUAUGCGCUGGCUCGCAAGGGCGGCGCGGGAGGAGUGCGCUCCGCAGCCGGCUCCUCCAGCGGCUUCCACUCAUGGGCACGGACGUCCGUGAGCUCCGUGUCGGCCUCUCCAAGUCGCUUCCGCGGCGCGGGAGCCGCCUCCAGCACCGAUUCGCUAGAUACGCUGAGCAACGGACCCGAGGGCUGCAUGGUGGCGGCCCGUACCGAGAAGGAGCAGCUGCAGGCGCUGAACGACCGCUUCGCGGGCUACAUCGACAAGGUGCGGCAGCUUGAGGCACAUAACCGCAGCCUAGAGGGCGAGGCGGCGGCGCUGCGGCAGCAGCAGGCGGGCCGCGCGGCCAUGGGCGAGCUGUACGAGCGCGAGGUGCGCGAGAUGCGCGGCGCCGUGCUGCGCUUGGGCGCGGCGCGCGGCCAGUUGCGCCUAGAACAAGAGCACCUGCUGGAAGACAUCGCGCACGUGCGCCAACGACUAGAUGACGAGGCCCGGCAGCGAGAAGAGGCUGAGGCGGCAGCACGCGCACUUGCGCGCUUUGCGCAGGAGGCCGAGGCAGCGCGCGUCGAGCUGCAGAAGAAGGCGCAAGCCCUGCAGGAAGAGUGCGGCUACCUGCGGCGUCACCACCAGGAAGAGGUGGGCGAGCUGCUCGGUCAGAUCCAGGGAAGCAGCGCCGCGCAGACGCAGGCGCAGGCCGAGGCGCGGGACGCCCUCAAGUGCGACGUGACGUCGGCUUUGCGCGAGAUCCGCGCGCAGCUUGAAGGCCACGCGGUGCAGAGCACGCUGCAGUCGGAGGAGUGGUUCCGAGUGAGACUGGACCGACUGUCAGAGGCAGCCAAGGUGAACACAGACGCCAUGCGCUCAGCACAGGAAGAGAUAACUGAGUACCGGCGCCAGCUGCAGGCCAGGACCACAGAGCUGGAGGCACUCAAGAGCACCAAGGACUCUCUGGAGAGGCAGCGCUCUGAGCUGGAGGACCGUCAUCAGGCCGACAUUGCAUCCUACCAGGAAGCCAUCCAGCAGCUGGAUGCUGAGCUGAGGAACACCAAGUGGGAGAUGGCAGCCCAGCUCCGAGAGUACCAGGACCUGCUCAAUGUCAAGAUGGCUUUGGAUAUUGAAAUUGCUGCUUACAGAAAACUCCUGGAGGGCGAAGAGUGUCGAAUUGGCUUCGGUCCGAGUCCUUUCUCCCUUCCAGAAGGACUCCCUAAAAUCCCCUCCAUAUCCACUCACAUAAAAGUCAAAAGCGAAGAGAAGAUCAAGGUGGUAGAAAAGUCAGAGAAGGAAACUGUGAUUGUGGAGGAACAGACAGAGGAGGUCCAAGUGACUGAAGAAGUGACUGAAGAAGAAGAGAAAGAGGCCAAAGAAGAGGAGGCUAAGGAGGAGGAAGCAAGAGAAGAAGAAGCAAAGUCUCCCUUAGCAGAAGCCGCUGCAUCCCCAGAGAAGGAGGAGGCCAAGUCCCCAGUGAAGGAGGAGGCCAAGUCCCCAGAGAAGGAGGAGGCCAAGUCCCCAGCUGAGGCUAAGUCCCCAGUGAAGGAAGAAGUCAAGUCCCCAGAAAAGGCCAAGUCCCCUUUGAAAGAAGAAGCAAAAUCACCAGCAGAGGCCAAGUCUCCAGAAAAGGAAGAAGCCAAGUCCCCAGUGGAGGUGAAGUCCCCAGAGAAGGCCAAGUCCCCAGUGAAGGAAGAGGCCAAGUCCCCAGAGAAGGCCAAGUCCCCUGUGAAGGAGGAGGCCAAGUCCCCAGAGAAGGCCAAGUCCCCUGUGAAGGAGGAGGCCAAGUCCCCAGAGAAGGCCAAGUCCCCUGUGAAGGAGGAGGCCAAGUCCCCAGAGAAGGCCAAAUCCCCAGAGAAGGCCAAGUCCCCUGUGAAGGAGGAGCAAGUCCCAGAGAAGGCCAAGUCCCCAGAGAAGGCCAAGUCUCCUGUGAAGGAAGAGGCCAAGUCCCCAGAGAAGGCCAAGUCCCCUGUGAAGGAGGAGGCCAAGUCCCCAGAGAAGGCCAAGUCCCCUGUGAAGGAGGAGGCCAAGUCCCCAGAGAAGGCCAAGUCCCCUGUGAAGGAGGAGGCCAAGUCCCCAGAGAAGGCCAAAUCCCCAGAGAAGGCCAAGUCUCCUGUGAAGGAGGAGGCCAAGUCCCCAGAGAAGGCCAAGUCCCCUGUGAAGGAGGAGGCCAAGUCCCCAGAGAAGGCCAAAUCCCCAGAGAAGGCCAAGUCCCCUGUGAAGGAGGAGGCCAAGUCCCCAGAGAAGGCCAAGUCCCCAGAGAAGGCCAAGUCCCCUGUGAAGGAGGAGGCCAAGUCCCCAGAGAAGGCCAAGUCCCCUGUGAAGGAGGAAGCCAAGUCCCCAGAAAAGGCCAAAUCCCCAGAGAAGGCCAAGUCCCCUGUGAAGGAGGAGGCCAAGUCCCCAGAGAAGGCCAAAUCCCCAGAGAAGGCCAAGUCUCCUGUGAAGGAGGAGGCCAAAUCCCCAGAGAAAGUCAAGUCCCCAGUAAAAGAAGAGGCCAAGUCUCCAGCUGAAGUGAAGUCCCCAGAGAAGGCCAAGUCUCCUGAGAAGGAGGUCCCAAAGAAGGAAGAGGCAAAAUCCCCCAUGAAGGAGGAAGAGAAACCCCAGGAGGUGAAAGCUAAAGAGCCCCCAAAGAAGGCAGAGGAAGAGAAAGCUCCAGCCACACCAAAAACUGAGGAGAAGAAGGACAGCAAGAAAGAUGAGGUGCCCAAGAAGGAGGCUCCAAAACCCGAGGUCCAGGAGAAGAAGGAGCCUGCUGUGGAAAAGCCCAAAGAACCCAAAGUUGAAGCCAAGAAGGAAGAGGCUGAAGGUAAGAAAAAAGCAACCACCCCAGAGAAGGAGGCUCCUGCCAAGGGGAAGGAGGAGGCCAAACCCAAAGAGAAGACUGAGGUGUCCAAGAAGGAGCCAGAUGACGCCAAGGCCAAAGAACCCAGCAAAGCAGCAGAGAAAGAGCCAGAAAAGCCAAAGAAGGAAGAGACACCGGCAGCACCUGAGAAAAAAGACACCAAGGAGGCCAAGAAGCCUGAGGAGAAACCCAAAACAGAGGCCCAAGCCAAGGAGGAGCCCAGCAAGGAGGGCAAAGCCAAGGCAGAAAAGGCUGAGAAAUCCUCUAGCACAGACCAGAAAGACAGCAGGCCUCCAGAGAAGGCCACAGAAGACAAGGCCACCAAGGGGGAGAAGUAAGGCAAAGAGAAGGGAACAUCUAGAGCAGCCAAAGAAACUCAGGAGGGUCUGGGAGCUCAUGGGUCAGUGUAAUGAAUUUUCAUUUUUCCUCCCUUUGCGUUAAGAAACUCUGCUUAGGUGACGGGCCCUUCUUCACUAAACAGGAAUUUCUAUUAGCAAUAUGUUAGCAAGAGAGGGUGUUCCUAAUCCCUGGCCCCACACCCCAACCCUCCCUAGGCGACGGACAAUUAUGUUAUGAUAGCUUACGUAGCCGAAUGUGAUACUUGCCGAAUGCCACAUGUAAACACUUGAUUAUAAAAACUGCCCCCCUCCUCUCCAAAUAAGUGCAUUUAUUUCCUGUAUGUGCAAUUGACAGAUGACGCAAUAAUGAAUGAGCAGUUAGAAACACAUUAUGCUUGAGAUGUCUUAACCUAUUCCUGAAUGCCUUCUGUUUUCCAAAGGAGUGGUCAAGCCCUUGUCCAAAGCUCUCAAUCCUGGAAGAGCUGGAGCAGGUGGGGCUGGGCGCUGGCCACUGAACCACGCCAGGGCGCACUUUUCCACUGAAGUCCACUUUCAAUUGCUUAUGUGCAAUAAAACCAAGUGCUUAUAAAAUGAAAGU